CACAGUCACCUCUUCUGUAUUAUAUAAAGGAGCUGGGCGAUUGUAUGAAGUUGGCCUGGUUGAAUACGACGGGCACUCUUAUUGUGUCGACAGACGAUGCCAGUAUCAUCGUCCUUUGCCGCAAGAAAUCUAAACGACUACGUCUCAGAUUCCAUCGACUGGUUUUUCACUUUUACCACGAGAUUAUGGAGCGAUAUUUUAGAAAAGGGCAUGCCCCAGAUGCCAGUCGCACGGAAAAAUGGUUCACAAAAACGAUCGACAAACUACUGUUCUUUCCCAAAUGGUUGGCUCCAAAAUCAAACGUCGCCGGAGCCAGGAUUAUUAAAGGCACGGCUCGAGAUCAGGAGGCUCUUCCAGCAUUACAGGCUCUUCCGGAUAUAUUGCUACGGGAGACCUUUCAAAGUAUGGACGGGAUAGCACAGAGGGAUUUGAAACGUGUCUGUUGGAGAUGGUGCAGACUUCAGUCCAGUGUCACGACAGAGAAAUAUGUGAUGUUGGAAGCUCCGGACUACCAACACGUUCAGCCGGUACACCUGGCGAAUGCAAUGCUGCAGUACAUCCCCAAAUCGACACGAAAUCUGCUACUAAUACAGUACACUCCCAGCCACGGGUUAACGGCCAUGCGGUUAAUCAAAGAAAUGCAGUUGCAGUUAAGGCUUUAUGCGUCCUACCGCACUUCCGUGCACUAUCCCCGCGCAAUUCACGACCUUGAGUACGAGCUGGAGUUGUAUCCCACAGUCAAUAAUUUCCACAUUUUCUGUACGAUGAAAUCGAAAAAGGCCGAACGAAUUACUUUAGAAAUAAUCAUAGCAGCGCCGGACGAAAUAAAAUCGCUGCUGAACGUUCUGGGUGCAGGCGGCUGGACGUACUGCUGCACGACAGAAACGAUGAAAGGCACCGUUACGGGAAUUUCACAGGUGCUCGAUGCACUCAAUCUCCGCUGUUCACAACACGGCAAGCUAACUGUUGCCGUUGACUGUCCGCACCGUACGUCAUGGGAAGCGGGAGAACGGCUGAAAGAAGAUCUGCAAGCUUGGCCUAUAAGUUCAGCAGCGUUUGACGUCUUAACGAGGGGAUUUGAGGAUUACUGUCCACCGAGCACGCCGACGACUUCAUAUUGUGAGUUUACGGGAUUCCGUCCAGAAGUUUUGAAAGUGCUGAUCCGGAAGCCCUGCAUGAUUGAAGAAGAAUACUUUAGUUCAUGCGGCGUUCAGAGUUGGCUGCGAUUUGCGUGACUUUCCAACUAUUUAUGCACUCAUCUUCCAGAUGCAAAUUUAUCUUACUAUUUGUGGGUUUAAUUGUUUAAAAUGCGUUAUUAUCGUGUACCAUCCUUAAUUGCAGAAUUACGUUUUGGUGGAUUGCAGCAAGCGGAUUGAUUUGUACAUUUCCCCGCCGAUGCGCUGCAUUCCGGUUGGCUAAUUCAUAUUACUGUAAUUCCUGAGUUAAUUUAAACAAUGAACAACUAGGUGAAAAGUAAAUUUUGUAU